AUGGCCUUCCUCAGAACCCUAAACCCUCUCCUCCGCAGGAACCCCGCCCUCCCGAAUCCGAGGCCUCUCUUCUCCCACUACACGCUCUCCGCCCCCUUCCGCGCCGCCGCCCCUCCCGCCCCCGCCCCCUUCGCCGCCGCGGCCGCGGCCGCGCACCCCCGCGUCCUCGGCCGCCCCCGCAGCGGGCCGCUGCUCCCCUCCUCGUCCCCAUGGGCGCUCUCGCGGUCCGCCACGCCGUUCACCACCGCCGCCGCUUUCCGCUCGAAGCUCCACAGGGCUCGCGCCAUUGCCGGCGGCGGUGCGCAGGCUCUCGCGGACGCGGUGCGGUGGGAGCCCAAGCGGGUCUACGGAGGCGAGGCUGCGGGUCCGGGUGGAGGCGAGAAGUUUCUGAAUCUGCCCAAUUUGGUGUCGAUCGGGCGCAUGGCGUCGGGUCCGCUCAUUGGAUGGAUGAUUAUGAAUGAAUGGUAUCUUCCUGCUUUUGGCACAUUAGCUUUGUCUGGUGCAAGUGAUUGGUUGGAUGGUUUUUUAGCAAGAAAGAUGGGCAUCAAUUCUGUAAUUGGUUCAUAUCUGGACCCAUUGGCUGACAAGGUGUUGAUUUGCUGUGUUGCUGUAGCAAUGGUUGAGAGGGAGCUCUUACAUCCUGGCCUUGUUGGCCUGGUGGUUGCAAGAGACUUUCUCCUGGUGGGUGGGGCUUUCUACAAACGAGCAUCCAGCCUGGGAUGGAAGUGGAAUAGUUGGUCAGACUUUUGUAAUUUGGAUGCAAUUCAGCGUGAGAAGGUUCAACCUCUUUUCAUCAGCAAGGUAAAUACAGUAUUUCAGUUGAUGUUGGUUGCUGGCGCACUCCUUCAGCCAGAAUUCGGCACAGAGGAGACUCGGAAUUAUAUUACAUACUUGGGUUGGCUGGUUGCUACUACUACAAUGGCAUCCACAGUAGGUUAUGGUGUGAAAUACUAUCAGUUAAGACCGAGGACAUGA